UAGAUGGCUAAAAGCAGAUUUCCAGCGUGGGAGUCCUAUUGUUUUCCAUUUCUCUGUUUAUUUUUGUUUUUAUUUACGGGUGCCAAUUACGUGACGUCACGCUGCAAAGCGAGGCUUUGUUUGGGCUAAAAGUAAAUUCAUCAACAACAAACGCGACAGAAUUGUUUAGCAGGCUAAAAUUAACAAUAUUCUGCUCCGUAAUUCAACGCGAUCUCGCCGAGAGAAUUCCAUCUAAUUUUACUUAAAAUUGGAGGAAAAGGCCUUGUUAGCUUCGAGUACUUGCAGGCAGUCAGGCAACUGAUGUGACUUCGUUCAUUCAUUGAUAUUUCUGUCGCUGCGGCAUUACAAAGCCGCGAUAUUUGUCUGAUUUUCGAAACAUCAAAGGGUAAGCGGACUAUAAUUAACAUCCACCUUCCGUGUUCUAAAGGCUCAUUGAACCAUGGCAGCUAAAGCAAACGAAAACGACGGCACUGUUAUCGCGUCCAGCUCGUCCAGGGGAGCCAGUGUAAGAGUAUCAUCACCUGUAAAGAGUCCAACAAGAAUUCCAAAUGUGGAUGUUAAUAAUAAAGGAGUUCAUGAACCCUGUAGCACAUCCAACUGUGCAUGUGGAACACAUACUCCUCACAAACUGAUGCAGCAAAGCAAACACAUUACAUGCUCCUCUCAAAACUGCUGCUGUAGCCAUGAAGUACAUGUCCCAGGAAUGGUCUACCAACAUGUCGCACCAGCUGUGGCGAAUGUUGUGAUUGAUGCAUCCGUUUCCACCACCCAAGAUACCAAAGCCACGCCCAAGCAUGGAGGGGUGCACUACUGUUCAAGCUGUCCCCCUGGACCACAUGCCCAUCAUGUGUACUCACCAGCUAACUGUCACCCCCAGCAGCCUCCAUUCAUGGAUCAUGGUCACUGUGGUUGUCAACCUGGAUACGUUGAUGGACAUUUUCAUUUUCCUCACCAAAAGACUCCACCUCGACCUGUUACAGUCAUGGCACAUCCACCACCAUUACUGCUUAGACCUGUUCAACCUCAGCAUAUGCAACAACAUCAGGCAAUUCUUGAGCAGGAACUACGCCCUUAUUUUGAUGGGAAAUGGAAAGGCCUUGGAGACCCUCACAUGUCUAACUUUGGUGGACGACCCCAACCAUCAGAUGGAUCUGUGGCAAGUGCAAACUCAUUUAUUGGUGAAUCUCAACCAGAUAUGAAGUUUAAAACUCAGCACCAUCCACUAUUUCAUCAUAACAUCUGCCAGUGGCCAGGUUGUGAGGCUUUUUGUGAGAAUUUCCAACAGUUUUUGCAUCACCUCAAUGCUGACCACGCCUUAGACGAGAGAAGCACAGCUCAGGCUCGGGUACAGAUGCAAGUUGUAAUGCAUUUGGAAUUCCAGAUGAACAAAGAACGUGAAAGAUUGUCAGCGAUGAUGAACCAUCUGCAUACUCCCAAGGUCACUCAACACACUCCAAACACAAGCUCAGAUCUGGAUGAGGAGGGUCACCAACAGGUGCCUCACUCCCAAGCACAGACUCUCCUUCAUGUUACUCACCCACCCCCUCCUCAACAUCCUCACAUGACGUCCCUAGAAGAUACUCCGCCGGCGGAGCAUUCCCCCACCCUCCAGGGUAGACAGGAGAUACCUAUGUCACCGGAAAGCCCACCAACGAUGGGAAGUCAUCCUUUGAGCCCGCCACCCAACAUGGCAGCAGUACAUGAUAUGACCAGUCCAAAUGACAUCACUAUCGUACAGACGUCAACCAUUCACAUGAUGGAAGAUAAACAAAUUCGCAUGAAGAAAAGAACUGGAGAUCCUGAUGGAAUAGCCUUGGAUAUUCAGCGAUCAGCGGAUUUCUAUCAGAAGGCAGAUGUAAGACCACCGUUUACAUAUGCGUCGCUGAUAAGACAGGCCAUUCUAGACGCUCCCGAGCAGCAGCUCACAUUGAAUGAAAUCUAUUCUUGGUUCAUUCACAAGUUUGCUUACUUUCGGAGGAACGCUGCCACUUGGAAGAAUGCUGUCCGUCAUAACUUGUCUCUUCACAAAUGCUUUAUGAGAAGAGAGAACGUAAAAGGCGCCGUGUGGAUUGUGGAUGAAGAUGAAUACAUGAAACGGCGGCCACAGUCCAAAGUCAUUCAUAGCACCUCCAGAAUGAUGAAACAGGAGCGAGACCGGAUGAUGCAACAGGGUGCCCUAGGGGGACUCCCCACGCAAGUCAACUUGGUUCCCGUGGGUCCAUCUGGUUCCAGUAAUGCCAGUGAGGACGAAGGCUCCAGUCAAGAAGACAGCCGUAAGAGAGGCUCGGAUUCAGACACCGGUGAUGAAAUGCCUCCUCAGAAACGCGCGGAUAUCAGAGAUGGAGAAGAAGUAGAGGGAGUGGUUGGUGGCAUCACAAAACUCGUAGAGUUUUGCUCCAAAGAUAUCAACAGCCAAUUGUCUCAGUCCCAAGUACAAGUGAAGCUGGAGCCUCCAGAAGACGGACCAAUUGUAGCACUGAACGGCGACACUGACUCUGGAGAUGAUCAUUACGAUUCCAGUGGAAUGAACGGGGACAGCUUAAUGGAGACUGGGGCCCAGAAGUUAAUCACAGAGUGCCGCAUGGGAACAAACUACAAUCGACGGUCAAUGACUGGAGGACAGCUUGAACUUACUGCGGUCGCACAGUGAAGCACUGAGAAGCUUUAUUUACUCUGAAAGAAAGCAGCUAAAUGGUUGUAAAUAAGAGCAGAUAAGAAUAUCGUAUUUAAGGAGGAAACAUCCCCAUUCUGAUUAAACGUGUUCCUGAUAAAAGUGCUUUGAAAGUAUUAAACAAAUGGAGUAAAAAGUUGAGAAAGAACAUUGAUAGCAGAAAAAAAGUAUUGAAUGAACGGAAGUUUACGUAGUAGUCAGAGCAGAACACGAGACAAUAUUAUUUGAAAAAAAGUGUUCAUAUUGAUUGGCAAGGAGAUCACAAAGGUUACUUAAGAUUUUGUUUAAAUUGGCAAAUUCUGGUUUUUUUUUUUUUUUCAGUCUUUUUCUCUUCAACUGGGAUUGAAGUGACAAUGUAAGAAGUAGUAUUUAAACUAAGUCUGUGGCUUAAUCACUUUGCUCUUCCACUUCACACGAUUAAUGCAAUAUGUAAAGUUUCUUAACUCUACUCUGUACUCCAAUUGAAUCAGGUUCUCCCAUCCACUAUCGGGUGUCCAAGAGGUUAGUAUUUCUAGUGCGUACUACCUCAGUUCAUUGAUUAAAUAGUUCUGUGUUGUAAAUCUAGAA